CGGACUUGCCAAAUUGUUCAUGCUAAUUCAGUGCAAAUUAAUGCGAGUAUUAUGAAUGCAUUAUGCGUACAAAUUUAUUUUAAUUAUUAAAAAUCCUUGAACAAGAUGGACUGGUCCACUUUUAGACGUUCGAGGGGAAUGUGGUGGAGUAGAAGCAGAAGAAAAAGGCGCAUCGUAAAAGAUGGCGGUAGAGUGAUAUCUUAUUUGUGGUUGCAAAUUUGCAAAAUUAAUUAUAAACAAAUACAAUUGACCACUAAUUAAAAACCGAAGGUCGUAGAUCCGCUGAUAGUAGCUCAGAUUCGUUUGUUAUUGUUAUUUGGCCAUUGAGGAUAGCGGGUAAUCGGGUUUACAAAAAGAAAACAGACCACUACCAAGGAUAUUGUGAUUUUUUAGUAUACAAUACGUUGUCCGUGAAUAAUUUGUAGUUCGGUGGUUUUUCUUUCGAUCGUUUAGGUGUUUACAAACUACAUAAUGUCUUUCAACCCUUUUGUGAAAUAAUGCUGUUGCUAAUUCUAUAUUUUUUCUAUGUGUACAACGAUAAAAUGGCUUUAUUCGAAUUCGGAUAAGCGAUGAUGAAGUUCUCGCCGCGAAUACAGACUAUGGAUGUACUGAAUAAUAGUGAGAUGAUCUAGUAUUAGGACAACAUUCCAAAGUGGACUUAUAAUUCAGAAGAAUGUACUUACCUACAAGUGUGCUUUAAUCGGGUUAAACAAGUGUUGUGAAAAAAAUGUCUCAAACUCCCCACAAACCUAUACAAAAGAUGUGUAAAUCUCCGAAGAAUUCUACCUACCAGACCAUCAAACAAGAAAAAAUCGAGUAUGAGAACCUCAGCACCAACUGUACUGUAGUAGGCUCUAAUAAUCUCAAUCUAGUUAAGAAGCCUCAGAUCAUAACUAGUAUGUCUCCUGCUUACUCAAAUCCUAGUCCCAGUUACCCUCCAUCUCCUUAUUCCUCUCCUGCAAGCCUUAAAUCUCCAAGUCCUUCAUUAAAACCCCCUACACCGCAGCCUAGCUUUCCUGUAAUGCAGAUUAUACAGAACAAUAUUUUGGCCAGGCCUAUACAAACAUCACAACAGCAGAAUAUUAUCAAGUUGAAACCCCAUUUGAACAUUCUGCCGAAACCCUCUGCUAGUCCACAACCCUCGCCUAAACCGAGUGUUAGCCCUCAAAUUGUGAUACCAACGAACCACCAACAAACAGCGACCAUAGUUCCAACUGCUCAACCUCUCCUUCUUAACCAAAUGCCCAUGCUGACUCACACGCCCAGUGUUCAAUUCAUUCUGAGGCCACAAACGGGUGCCAAAAUGCAACAGCAGAUGCAGACAGCAACAGCGACACCUCAAGGGUUGAUCCUCCAGCCUAGUGGACAGCAGUUGCUGCAAAUACAACCACCCAGAUCGCAGCCCAUGGUGCGGGUGCUGACCAAUGGUAUGCAUCUGGCGCCAUCUACUACUACUACUUAUGUGACCCAGAUGGGCCCACAACAUGCUAACAACGCUACCCACAUCGCACAACAAACAAUAGUUAACAAUCACGCUCACCAUUUGGUCCAGCAACAGCAACAACAACAGCAACAACUCAAAAAGAAACCCAAAAACAAAGUGAAAAAGAAACUCGACCUCGCAAACAUAAUGAAGCUUUCUGGAAUAGGUGACGAAGACGACAUUCAAUUCGAAAGUGACACAUCACAGAGUGAGAGUGAGCACAAUUCCGUUCCUACGACUCCUCAGCCCCAACAGGUAGUACACAGUACUGUCCAGGCUCAAACCAAUUACGUACACACAGAUACCAAGAAAAAUAUACAAAACAUUCAAAUUUCAGCAAUGCCGCAGCCUACAAUAAACACAGCCACUCCUGUGGUACAGGUGCUAAAUCAAAACUUCCAGAGUGGCAUGAUCUCAAAUAGUACAUCACAGGCAGCUACAGCGCAAGCCGGUAUACCUUUCAAUUCAUUCAUAGCUCCAAAUUUUACCAUAAAUAAUGGCCUAAUGCUACAAAGAAGUGGCGGUUUUAAACUGACGAUGGGCGAAGAUGGUCGGUUGGUGCUACAACAUGACCCUACUAUCAAUUCAGAUCUUCAGUCGCAGAUAAUAUUACAAAGUCUUUUGGGUGGUUUGGUUUUGCAACCUUCGAUGGACCAACAGACCGUUCAGCAAACGGUACAGACCAUUCAGCAGCAAUCAGUGCAAACGAUACAGCAGCAGACUGUGCAGAGCCAAACUAUACAGACUGUGCAGCAGCAAACUGUCCAACCCCAAGCUGUGCAACAUACAAUACAGUCUUUGCAACCUCAAAUACAACAACAGACUGUACAACAGACAAUACAGCAUCAAACUGUGAAUGCUUUACAGCAACCAAUGCAGAUUGUGCAACCGCAACCAAUCCAUAGUAUUCAUUCACAAGUUCAGCCUAUACAUACCAUGUCACAAUCUCAAGUGCAUAGUCUGCAGUCCCAAAUUCAGGGUCAAAUACAAAGUUUACUCCAGCAACAGAAUCAUACUGUACAGCAUUCGCACGUUCCCACACAGAAUGUUCACUCACAAACCAUGCAGAAUCUGCAAAAUAUUCAAAAUGUGCAAAAUAUGCAAAAUGUGCAAAAUAUGCAAAACGUGCAAAAUAUGCAAAAUGUUCAAAAUAUGCAAAACGUUCAAAAUAUGCAAAACGUGCAAAAUAUGCAAAACGUACAAAAUGUGCAGAAUCUUCAAAACGUUCAGAAUCUGCAAAGCGUUCAGAAUGUGCAAAAUUUACAGAACUUGCAGAAUAUUCAAAGUGUCCAGCAGAACGUGAGGAGUGUACAAAGCUUGCAGCCAGGGCCACAUCCGCAGCCAAUUCAGUCACCUGUGCAGAAUUUUCAUGUGAAUCAAAAUCAUGUGCAAAAUCAGCCUGUUUUGAAAGUACAACCAUUCCAAAAAGCCCAACCACCGGUACAGACCGUGCAACCUAUUCAACAUCACAUCAACCAGCAGCCGCAACAACAACAACAGCAGCAACAGACCCAACAUCUAAAUGAAAACAAUCAACAAUCACAAAACCCCCCACCAACGUCGUAUGUUGUCAAUUUGACGCCCGAUCAGCUGGAGCAACUGAAGCGCAAUGGUCAAUUAACCGUCAAUGGUCAGACGAUCUUCAUGCAGAGGCCGAACAAGGAACAAAUCGAAAAGAAACUGUCGCCGAAAACUAAGGCGGUCAAGAAAGUCAGCAAGAUUCAGAGUAUAAAGAAUAUUUUGCAGGAUUCUGAACCCGAUUCCGUAAAAGUGAGCAAUAAUCUGGAAGCGAUGAAGGAAAACGCCACCAAAUCCAUAGUUAGUGCCUUAAAUGCACCACCUAAACAUGUUCUACCUCAAAACCACGUGCAGCCUCAGCCAAUGCAACAGAGCAAACCAGUACAGCCCCAGGCUAUGGUCCAGCCCUCAGUGCAGGUGCAAAUACAGCCCAAGAUCGAACGGCCGAAGCCUGUACCUUUGCAGCCUGCACCUGCUCUGGUUCCAAAGCAGCAGAAAGUCGCACCUACAGUCAUUUCGCAAGAUUCAAACGGUAGCAAUACAAAUCCGGACGUCGACAAACUCCUUGUGCAGAUCCUAGAAGAAUCUAACAAUAUGAGCAACGUGGCAAGUACUGCAAAUGUAACACCGCCCACGUCUCAACCCCAACAAAGGAUCACCACUAUCCAACUCACUCCACAGAAGCAGCAGCAUCUGAAAAACAUCCAGCUUCAGAUACAGAGCCUUUCCGCCAGGCUAACGUCGGGCGAUACUGAGAUGCAGAACAUGCUAAAGAAUCUCUUCACGGAGCAGCAGAAGAUUCUGGCCAGCGGCAAGCUGUUGCCUCCUGAUAAGGUAUAUUAUCAUAAUAAUCAGCUUACCAUCGUGAAUCCGUCCAGCUUAAAUCUGUCGCCGCCUGCACAAGUGAAACACGAGCCGGUGCAAAGCCCUACUUCAGGGCCGCUGAUAAUAAGCAAUAAUCAGACCAUAGUUAGAACUACAAGUAUCGAAACGCAGGCUACAAGUUCCCAUCAGCCCAUCACUAGCCAAGCGCACAGUGUACCAAGAAUAUCGGUUUCGGUUCCAACAAGCGAAACAACAGCGACACAAACGAUCCAUCACCACCCAUCUCCAGUACAACACGCCCAUUCUCACCCACAUCACCAAACCUCGCCCCAUUUCCCCCACAUAACUCAUUCCGUACCGCCCCAUUCCACAGUUGGUCACCAAAUACCUGCUCUAAAUAUACCUAACCAUCCCCACUCUCCAAUAUCUCCUCAUCAGUCAGUGAGUCCACAUCAACACUCACAUCAACAAGGUGUCUUACCACAACAGGCGUUGGUUCCUACGCAUGCUCCCGUUCAGCCUCAUCCUGCUCCUAGUUUCACACCAGGUCAUACUCACGCCGCCACUCAUCAUGUGGUCGCCAAUCAUCAAGUUUCUGGACAUCAUGGAAACACCCCCACUAGUCUACACCAUGGACACAUACAGGUGACGCAUUUCAAUCAUGUGAUCAACCAGCGAUUGAACUGUCCGCAGCCCGUUGCGCCGCCUACUGCUCAACAACAGCAGAUGCAGAAGCAACAGCUUAUGCAGAAGAAGGCUAAUCUGAUCGAAACACACCUAACGAUGGACCAAAAUGGGUCGACGAAACCUGACAUCCAUACACCGUUCAGGGAUAAAAAGGAUGCUUGCAUUAGACUGAUAAGGUACCAUUGUCUCGACCAACCAGUCUUGUCGGAAAAAGACCUAGAUAAAGCGGACGAAAUAUUCGAAUUAACGGCUCAACAUUUCAUCGGCAAAUUCUCAAAAAUGGAGGACAAAUACAAAUAUCUGCUCAUGAAAGAGAGUAUGCGCCAAGUGCAAACUUCAGAACUGAUGAUGCUCGACCGCAUGUUCUUGAACGACGAACAACAAUCCCUCAUGAAGCUUCGCCAGGACUACGAAAAUGAACUCCUCAACAUUCCCCUCGCCGAGCCUGAACUACCCCCACCGCCAUUACCGCCGCCCCCGCACACACAUACCAUGACCUCAAAUUCCAACAAUAUGAAUCCAAACUCGAAUAAUGCGAACGCCAUUCCUACGGAGCAAGAAGAUUACGACGAAUGGGCGUGCAUACAGAGGGAGCUCGCGGGUUUGCCGCAGCAAAACGAUUCGAAAUUGGCGCAGUCGAAAAGAUCCGCGAGCAGCGAUUCCCGGUUGGAAACUCUUAAGCGGUUUCGCGUCGACAAGCAUCACAAGAGACCGACAGAUGUAAUUAUAUCUAGCGGAAGUAGUGUACAAAGUGUGGUUAGUAGUACGGUCUACGCGCACGCGCAAUCGAAGGUGGUAGUGUCCGCAGGCAGCUCGGCGUGUGCGUACGAGAAUGCGCAGAACAGCAGUUUUUCCUCGCACGAGGACAACGAACCCGAGAACAAUAGUAUCGAUGAGCAGGUGCAAUCCGCCAUUGAUUCCAUAUUGAACUUGCAGCAGAACCCAUCAUUAGAUUUGGAUAGUAUUUUGUCAUGACGUCAUAUUUAGGUACGGUUGGAAGGUUUCUGGGGUCCUGGUACUUUCAGAGACUUUGGGUUCUAAAAGAAAGGUUUUUUUUAUCAAUAAUCAAGGGCAAUUGCAGUUUGGGUGUAUAAUUAGAUAAAUUUGCUAGUGAAAUUUAAAUCAUUGAUUGGUUAUUAAACAAGCGUUGGUUGUUUCAAACUAGUUGAAUAUAGUUAUACCAAAUUAACUAGGUGACUAUUGUAAACGGUUGACACAUUGACAAUAGUUAAUGGUUUAGCUAUCUUUAAUGCUUUUGAUAUGUACAACAUUCGACGAAUUGACAUAAUCACAGAUUGGUGUGUUUAAUGACCCCUUAUUAAAAUUAAAAGAGUGAAUCACAGAAAACAUAGCUUGUGCUAGGGAAGGAUGCCUCUAUAACUAUUACUUUUUGUUUUGAUCUUGAGAUGUAGUUUUUUUAUUUAAAUAAAACCCCAGUUUUAACUUAUGUUUUUUAAAGCUUUCAGACUCUGUUUUGUGCCUUCUUCAGUAUUUUUCAUUCCCGUUAUUUAUUUUUAUUAUUAAUUGGUCAUUAUUUAUCUUUUAUCUUCUAUUACUUUUGUUGUUAUAUUUUAAAACAUAUUAUUAUUAUUGUUAUUUUUACAUGUUUAAAAUAAUUGUUUUACUUUAUAGUUACAAAGCUGAUAUUAGACAAUGUGGAUUUUUGAUGCAUGCCUUUCACAUACAGAGAGUUACAAACAAAAUGUUUAAUAAUGUCUAAGUAUCUAUAUAGAAAAUAAUUAUUGUUUUAAAGAAGUAAUAAUAAUAAUAAUAAUAAUUAAAAAAAAGCAACAGAAAAUUAAUGACAAAAAUAAAAAGUGCUAAAGAAGUCAAAAAAAAAAACAGGCCGAGCUUUACCAAACAUAAAUUAAAACCGUAGUUUUAUUUAAAUGAAAAACCUACAUACCAAGAUGAUCAAACAAAAAUUCAAAAAUAAGGUGUAUGAACCAUAAAUAUACAAGAAAUUCCUAAAAUUUAUGGUAAAUUCAAAAGUUACUAUAAUACUAUUAUUAGUAUUUUUGACUGCUGACCAAUUUACUAAAGUGAAUAUUUCGCAGUAUUUAUAAAACGACUGUUAAUUUGACUGAAGGUGGAAGUUGGAACAUUUUUCUAAUACUUCUAACUUUGCCUUGUUUCGAAUUCUUAAUGACCAAUGGUCUACAUACAACAGUAAUCAUUCAGUAUUGCUUAUUGCGGUCCCCUCAAGUCGAUUGCAAAACCACCAAUUCAUUUUGUGAACGAUGACAAAAUUCCUAACUUGGUUGCCAAUGUUCCAUUGAUUAUUGGGUUCAAGCUUGAGAUAUAAAAAACGGUGUUUUUGAUACCUAAUAUUAAGCAAUGAAAAGAACAGUAAUUUUUUCACCCAUUGUCAUGAAUCGACCUAAAAUUAGCAGUUUUUUUUUUUAGACCCUUGUGAAUUAUUUGGAUUUUGAAGGAUAAAACUACAUAAUACAGUGAUUCGAUAAGAAUUGUCUUUAGAGGUUUUUCAGUUUCCAGUUUAGUUAGAUUUAGAGACUUUAAGAAACACCUUGUACCCUUUUGCCAUUGGUUAUUGACAAAAAAGGUGUAUGCUGUCGCGCGGCUUAAGUUUUGCUGAUUUUUGUGAUAUACUGAGAAGCAAUAAGCAUUUUGUGGAUCAACUUUGUUGAAAUAUAAUCGAUUUUUAACUUUUUUUUUUGUAUAACAAGUAAACAAAUAUACAAAAUGUAAAUAAUAAGUGACUUUAAAUUUUUGUCUUAAAAUAAAAUCUGGAGUAACUGCUUAAUGACAGUGGGUAUUUAUGAAAUGUAGUUGUACUGUCCACUGUCCAUCAGCCAUUAGACGUUUAUGACAUAUUAAAAAAAAAUUAAUAUUUUUUUUAAUUUGGUAUCAAAUUUUGUAAUUUGAUUUAUUUCAACUAACUUGUUCCAAAAAAAGUAGUUACUGUAAUUUGAACGUGUGCUGCUUUAAUUUAUUUAAAAAAUCAAAUUUGAUUAUGCUAAACUUCUCAUUAGCUGUUAAGAUUUUAACGAUAUUCGUUAUUUACCAAUCGUCAAUUUUCGAUAAAAUCCUACUGACUGUGCCAGGACUCUCUUCAGGUUUAAGUUCGCCCCUGAUAAUAAAUACAUUCAAAAUUGAACAUAAAUCAGCAUUUAAUCAGUGUUUAACAGUAAUUACAAUAAUUUCUUUAAAAAAUGGUCUUUAAAUGUCCAAAAUUUCUCCAAACAUAAAAAAGUAAUUUUGACAGUCAAAAUUUUAUUAGAUUUUAUGACACUUGCAAAAUACAAGUUUAAAUACAACAAUAUUUAAAAAAAACUUCUACUUUUUGUAUAACUAAGUUUGGGGUGUUAAGCACAAAAAAUGUAAAGAAUAGUGUCAAAAUACAGUACGUAAUAUUUUGUAUUAGGCAUAGCCUUACAUUCACAGCAUACAUGUGGCAACUACGAUAUCCUCGCUAUCGCUAUUCUCACUGAUAUUCGGUUCAGCUAAUAUCCCACCACCAUAUCUUGUCGAAGACUGGCUGUUGCUCCGUUGCCAUUUUAUUAACAUAUAUACUAGUCGUAUGCCUAACAAGAAAAAAUAAGCUCUGUAUUUGAUGCCAUUAACUGAGAAUAAAUCAUUUGUAAAAUGCUGAUUUCAAAAUUGGGAAGUGAUAAAAUAUCUAUUUUUAAAACAAGUCUAUAAUUUCAAUUUUCCCCAUUUUUAACAAAAAGUUAUGUAAUGAACAUGUGAGUAAUGACGUCAGUGAAAAAAGUGGAACACCCUAUAUAUUAUUUAAUUUUUGCAAACGCAAUGGAAAGCUUAAUUCAAAAAUAUAUCACAUAGAGUUUGUAAUAAUGGAAAGACAAAGAGGCGUAACUUCAAUUUAGCUAUUUUACAUGAGACGCAUUUAGUGCAUAUUAAUUUGCCAUAUUAUGUUAACUAUAAGGAGGAGAGAUACGCUUCUUUGUCACAUCAAAGAUAUCCACUUUAACAGAUUUGUGAUGGU